ACCCCAGGUCUGCGACUUCCAGGUUCGACGCCAGUCUUUCAGUCUAUAUACAUUGUCAGUCUUUGACACCACGUUCUCUACCGCCCUACGGCAUAACCACGCUCUCUUCGCAAACAUAUAACCAAAAAACCUCGUCGACCGUCGAACCCUUUUUGUCAAUUCCCCCCAAGUUCAGACCUAUCCAGUCAAAAUCAAAUCACACAAAUCUACAAACAUGCGCUCCUCCAUCGCCAUCUCCAUCGCCGCCCUCGCUGGCGCUGCGCUCGCCGCUCCCUCCUACCCAGCUGCCAACCCCAACGUUGAGGUUGUCGUCGAGCACGUAGUCCACACUGUCUACGUCACCGAGGGCUCCCCCGAGGCCACUCCAUGCCCCUCAUCCACUCCUGCCGCUACUCCUGCUCCAGCUGCUACUCCCGCUCCUGAGACUUACCCGGCUGAGCAGCCCGCUCCCGCUCCCUCCACCUUCUCAUCUGUUGUCUACGUUGAGGCUACCCCCAGCCCCUCCCCAGAGCCGCCUGUUGAGCAACCGGAGGCAGAGCCAACCCCUACUCCCACUCCUACUCCCGAGCCAACUCCUACCCCUUCACCUUCUCCCUCCCCAGCUCCUUCCACUGGAGGCUACAUGGAUGUCGUCAACGAAUGGCGCGCCAAGCUCGGCCUCAGCCAGCUCGAGUACUCUACUGAGCUCGAGUCCAACGCUCUCCAGGUCGUCACCAUGGACAACGGUGUCAUGGUGCACCACCUCUUGGAGAACACCUUAGCCCAGGUCCUCGCUCCCGGCCAGCCCGACAAGUUCGAGUACGUCUUCGUCGGUGGAUGGCUCUGCGAGAUGCCCAACCUUCCUGGCCUCGGCGAUGCAUGCCAACAGUUCUCCCAGGGCUGGGACUACGAGGGUCAGACUGGCCACGCCGAGAUUCUCACCUCGCCCAACUACUCCAAGAUUGGUUGCGCCAACAAAGUGGGUCUCUGGUGCUGCGAUCUCGCUUAGGCAGCAUGAUGCCUUUCAUGAGACAAGAGAAGGGGAUUCUAAUGCCUCUUCUUGGGUGGUUCUUCGAUUCUUUUCUACUUUAGGUGACAGGGCGGCUUGGAGACCCAAACAACACGCAAUGCGUAGCUUUUUAUCAAUUGCGCUGGUUCGAAACAAUAUUUUUUCUUCUCCUUUGUAUCUGUACAUGGUACUUGGUCUGGUUUUAUCGUUCCCUGCUUCACUCUAGGGGCGCAGUACUUGCAAGCGUUUUUAACUCUCUCUUAGUAUCUACUGCGAAUUACAGAUUUACGAAUUCACGAGCCAACCCU